CUCUGCCUGGCAGGAAGCGUCUCCGCGGCGUUUCUGUCCACGCCUUUCAACCAUGGCGCCUUCUCCGGCCGUGCUGACCCGACUGCUGUGUGCAGGUGUGUGGCGCUGGCCAGGUUUCCUGCAGAAGGCGGCCCCGGGCCCGGCGGGGCUGAAUGGUAGGACGGUGACGGGAGCCCAAGUCCCCAUUGUCAGCGAGCCCCAGGACGACGACGAUCUCCAGAGCAGGAUCCUAGAUGUGCCCCUGCAACAUUCGGACUUCUUCAAUGUCAAGGAGCUGUUUUCUGUGAAGAGCCUCUUCGAGGCCCGAGUACACCUGGGCCAUAAAGCCGGCUGCCGGCAUAGGUUUAUGGAACCAUACAUCUUUGGGAACCGCCUGGGUCAAGACAUCAUCGACCUGGAACAGACAGCCUUGAACCUACAGCUGGCCUUGAACUUCACCGCUCACGUGGCCUACCGCAAGGGCAUCAUCCUGUUUGUGAGCAGGAAUCGGCAGUUCUCUUACUUGAUCGAGAAGACAGCCCAGGACUGUGGAGAGUACGCCCACACGCGCUACUUCAAGGGUGGUCUGCUGACUAACGCACACCUCCUCUUUGGGCCCACAGUCCGCCUGCCGGACCUCAUCAUCUUCCUGCACACGCUCAACAAUGUCUUUGAGCCCCAUGUGGCUGUGAGGGAUGCUGCCAAGAUGAACAUCCCCACGGUGGGCAUUGUGGACACCAACUGCAACCCGUGCCUCAUCACUUACCCUAUCCCUGGCAACGAUGACUCGCCCCAAGCUAUCCAGCUCUUCUGCAAGCUUUUCCGGACCACCAUCAACCGGGCCAAGGAAAAGAGGAGGCAGAUGGAGGCGCUGCAUCGGCUGCAGAGUUCCAGGGGGUCUGAGGGCAGUGGGACAUCUGCACCUGAUAAAAGCCAUUCGCCUUGACGGGAGCCUCUUCUCCCACACUAGACAGCCAAGCCCCUUCUGAGCAGGAAGCUCCUGUCCAACCCUGCCUAUAUCCCCAUUCCCUAUCCUCAGCAUCAGACUCCUAAAUUCCCAGAUCUGGCCACCCCAGAGUCCGACUAUCCUGAGUUAAACCUGGUCUGCCUUUUUUCUGGGAGCAAACUCAAGUAAAGUACAUAUCCAUGUGGCCUCUGGCAUCCACUAAGACUUGGACAUAGCUAGCCAAGUGGAAGGCACUGUUUCUCUUUUGUCAAGAAGCCCUUGCUUCCACUUUGGGUCUGUAUCAGGUGGGUUUUCAAUUAAAAUUAAUACUUCAUUCUCUGACAAAUUUUGAGCAAAACGAUACUGAUGUCCCUCGGGGCCCCCAAUAGUCGCCUCUAGAUCUAUAACCAGUCUUAAAGGCUAAGCAGGCUCCUAGAAGGGUAGGAAGUAUAGUCCCUAAGGAGGUGUGCUGCACCACUAAAGAGCUUACUGAGUUUGCUCAUCCGUUCAAGCAGUCGGGAAUAUGUGUAGGAAUGGAUUUUCAGGGUGUGGGAUAAUGGUGAAAGGAACACAGAACUGAAUAAGGCUGAGUUUGUUGAAAUGGACCCUCUGAGUGGAGAUCUAGGUUCGCUACAGAAACUCGCAGUUAAAAUAAAAAAGUGUCCACAGUUUGCUUGAAAGGUUGGUUGAAGCAUUUGUCAAAAGAUGGCCUAGGAGCAGGAAGGUCCUUGUGCCCACAGAUCACUGGGGAAACCAGAAAUAUUAAUCACACAGAUGUCUCCUCAAAGAAGGGGUGAAUACCUGCUUUCCAUGAAGAAGGCUGGGAGUGGAUACUGUUAUGACUUGGCGACCUUUGCUAUCUGUAGAACCAGACCUCACCCAAAGUCCUCAGGAUGUUUACCUAGACUCUCCCUCCUUAGACCUUUUUUGGUUUGUUUGGUUUUGGUUUUUCAGGACAGGCUUUUCUCUGUGUAGCCUUAACUAUCCUGGAACACACUCUGUAGACCAGGCUCAAACUCACAGAGAUCCGCCUGCCUCUGCCUCCCAGAGUGCUGGGAUUAAAGAUGUGCCACCACUGCCCUGUUAGCUCUGUUUAUCAGUCAAUAGAACUCAUCCUUAGGGGAGAUGUCACAGGUCCUUUAAAGCCUGCUGACCUCUAUAUAGGCUAUCUGGGUCAGAGACUGAACUGAGUUUUCCUUCAAGGUUUUUUCUCUGCAGGCCUUGACACUUGCAGGGACCCCCAUAGCAUACUGAAAAGGAGUUGGAGUUGCCUCAUAUCCCUUGGUUUAGUGUUGACAAAGGGUUUUUAAGGUUCAGGGAAAUUGCAGUGCUGAAGUGAGUAUGUUGUGUAAAACAAUCCUCCACAUGGGAAGGCCUAGAAGACAUGCCCUUCACUAAUCCUGUAAGACACAAAAUGGUGAGGGGCACCAGCACAUUUAAAGAGAUCUGCUGUCUCCCUUCUCCUUGUGGCUGGGAAUGCUGCUGCUCAGUUGGAUGAAUUAAAUGCAAUCAGUAGAUUUGCCAGCUGAUCUGUCUUUAAUCCCAGCACUUGGGAGGCAGACAGAUCUCUGAGUUUGAGGCCAGAACUCAGAGAUGUACAGAGCAAGACCCAGGACAGCCAGAGCUACACAAAGAAACCCUGUCUUAAAAAAAGUUCUGUGGCAGGGGACAGGUGGCAGCACCAAAGGCAAGGUGGGCAUAGUUACUGUGCUGAGCAGCAGCACAGACUGACCAUAACUGUCUGACCGACCAUAACUGUCCAACCAUAACUGUCUGACCUGUACGGUCAGCACAGGCCAAGUGGGUUCUCUUGGGGCAUGAUUUGUGUGGAUCUGUGGUACCAGCUAAUCAGUUAUGGUGUUUC